AUGGCGUCGUUGCCUCCUCCCCCUCCCCCCGGAUGGGGUGCAGCAGCCCCUCCUUCCAUGCCUUUGGCGCCGCCGCCGCCAGGAUACCAGCCCCCAGCGGAUCCGAAUGUCGCAAAGUUUGCUCAGAAGAAGAACGAAUGGCUGCGGACGCAGCGCAAUCGUUUUGGAGAGAAGAGGAAAGGCGGCUUUGUUGAGACACAGAAGGCGGACAUGCCUCCAGAGCACUUGCGGAAGAUCGUCCGAGAUAUUGGCGACGUAUCACAGAAGAAGUUCAGCAACGAGAAGCGCAGCUAUCUCGGCGCGCUGAAGUUCAUGCCUCACGCCGUCCUGAAGCUGCUGGAAAACAUGCCCAUGCCUUGGGAAUCGGCUCGUGAGGUCAAGGUGCUGUACCAUGUGAAUGGCUGCCUUACGCUCGUGAACGAGACCCCGAGGGUCAUCGAACCGGUCUUCCAUGCUCAGUGGGCUACAAUGUGGGUGUGUAUGCGGCGAGAGAAGAGCGACCGCAGACAUUUCAAGCGGAUGCGCUUUCCCCCUUUCGAUGACGAGGAACCUCCCCUAUCAUGGUCGGAGAACAUUGAAGACGUCGAGCCCUUGGAGCCGGUCCAGAUGGAGCUCGACGAAUCCGAAGAUGCCCCCGUGUAUGAGUGGUUCUACGAUCACCGCCCGCUACUUGAUACCCCUCAUGUCAAUGGACCAAGUUACAAGAGCUGGAAUUUGACUCUUCCACAGAUGGCAACCCUCUAUCGGUUAAGUCAUCAGUUGCUCAGUGAUGUGGUCGACCAGAAUUACUUUCACAUGUUUGAUCUCAACAGUUUCCUUACGGCAAAGGCCUUGAAUGUUGCCAUCCCCGGUGGCCCACGCUUUGAGCCUUUGUACAAGGACAUCGACCCCAAUGACGAGGAUUUCAGUGAAUUUAACGCGAUCGAUCGCAUCAUCUUCCGAGCACCCAUCCGGACGGAGUACAGAGUCGCUUUCCCUUUCUUAUAUAACACCCUGCCGAGAAGCGUGAAAGUUUCCUGGUAUUCUCAUCCUCAAGUCGUUUACGUCCGAACCGAUGACCCUAACCUUCCUGCUUUCUACUUCGACCCUGUCAUCAAUCCAAUUUCGUCGCGCUCUGUCGCCCCCAAGAACAUUACGGUCAGCCAUGAGGAUGAGAUCUUUGGACCCGGGAACAACGAGGACGAUCUUUUUGAACUCCCACCGGAGGUGGAGCCCUUCUUCGCCGACGAGGAACUGUACACACCUGAUACUGCCUCAGCGAUCGCCCUGUGGUGGGCUCCUCAUCCGUUCAAUAAGAGAUCAGGGAAGAUGGUGCGCGCGCAGGACGUGCCACUCGUCAAGCAGUGGUACCUGGAGCAUUGCCCCCAGGGCCAGCCCGUGAAGGUCCGAGUAUCGUACCAGAAGCUUCUCAAGACGUAUGUGCUCAAUGAGUUGCACAAGAAGAAGCCUAAGGCCCAGAACAAGCAAAAUCUGAUGAAGACUCUGAAAUCUACCAAGUUCUUCCAGCAGACGACGAUCGACUGGGUUGAAGCUGGUCUCCAGGUUUGCCGCCAGGGUUUUAAUAUGCUCAACCUCUUGAUUCACCGAAAGAACCUGACCUAUCUGCAUCUCGACUACAACUUCAAUUUGAAGCCAGUUAAGACACUGACCACUAAGGAGCGAAAGAAGUCCCGCUUCGGUAACGCUUUCCACUUGAUGCGUGAGAUUCUGCGCCUUACAAAGUUAAUUGUCGAUGCGCAAGUUCAAUAUCGUCUGGGUAACAUCGAUGCUUUUCAAUUGGCCGAUGGCAUUCUGUACGCUUUCAACCAUGUUGGACAGUUGACCGGUAUGUACCGUUACAAGUACAAGUUGAUGCAUCAAAUUCGUUCCUGCAAGGACCUGAAGCAUUUGAUCUACUACCGGUUCAAUUCUGGCCCUGUGGGUAAAGGUCCUGGUUGCGGUUUUUGGGCCCCUGCUUGGCGCGUUUGGCUGUUCUUCAUGCGCGGUAUCAUUCCUCUUCUUGAGAGAUGGCUUGGAAACUUGCUUUCUCGUCAGUUUGAGGGUCGUCAUAGCAAGGGCGUUGCCAAGACCGUCACCAAGCAGCGUGUCGAGUCGCACUUCGACCUUGAACUGCGAGCCUCCGUCAUGGCGGAUCUGAUGGAUAUGAUGCCUGAAGGUAUUAAACAGAACAAAGUGAACACAGUUUUGCAACAUCUGUCUGAAGCUUGGCGAUGCUGGAAGAGUAAUAUUCCCUGGAAGGUGCCGGGGCUUCCAGCACCGAUCGAGAAUAUUAUCUUGCGAUAUGUGAAGAGCAAGGCCGAUUGGUGGAUAUCUGUCGCGCACUACAAUCGUGAACGUAUUCGCCGCGGUGCCACCGUGGAUAAGACUGUUGCCAAGAAGAAUCUUGGUCGACUGACUCGACUUUGGCUCAAGGCUGAACAGGAGAGACAGCACAACUACUUAAAGGAUGGUCCUUAUGUAUCUUCGGAAGAAGCGGUGGCGAUUUACACUACCAUGGUGCACUGGCUCGAGUCUCGCAAGUUCUCACCCAUUCCGUUCCCGAGUGUCUCUUACAAGCAUGACACCAAGAUUCUUAUUCUUGCUCUCGAACGCCUCCGCGAGGCCUACUCUGUAAAGGGUAGACUGAACCAGAGUCAGCGAGAAGAACUUGCUCUCAUUGAACAGGCAUACGACUCUCCUGGAACCACGUUGGCCCGAAUCAAGAGGUUCCUGCUCACGCAGAGAGCAUUCAAGGAAGUUGGAAUCGAUAUGAACGACAAUUACAACAACAUCAACCCUGUCUAUGAUGUCGAGCCGAUCGAGAAGAUCACGGACGCCUACCUGGACCAGUACCUUUGGUAUCAGGCAGAGCAGCGCCACCUCUUCCCAGCUUGGAUCAAACCCUCGGAUUCUGAAGUCCCUCCACUGCUGACCUACAAGUGGGCCCAGGGAAUCAAUAAUUUAUCCAACGUCUGGGAAACUGCCGAUGGCGAGACGAAUGUCAUGAUUGAAACGGAGUUGUCCAAGGUCUAUGAGAAGAUUGAUCUUACUCUCUUGAAUCGUUUGCUACGUUUGAUCAUGGAUCACAACUUGGCUGACUACAUUACUUCGAAGAACAAUGUGCAGCUGAGCUACAAGGAUAUGAACCAUACCAACAGCUACGGAUUGAUCAGGGGUCUGCAGUUCUCCGGUUUCGUCUUCCAGUAUUAUGGUCUUAUGAUUGACCUGCUGCUCCUUGGAUUGCAAAGAGCCAGCGAGAUGGCAGGUCCGCCGCAGAGUCCCAACGACUUCUUGCAAUUCAGAGACCGUGCCACAGAGUCAAGACAUCCCAUUCGUUUGUACACUCGCUACGUUGACAAGAUCUGGGUCUUCUUCAGAUUCACCGCGGACGAGUCCAGGGAUCUUAUUCAGCGCUUCCUUACGGAGAAUCCUGACCCUAAUUUUGAGAAUGUCAUUGGGUAUAAGAACAAGAAGUGCUGGCCGCGUGAUUGCCGUAUGCGUCUGAUGCGACACGAUGUUAAUCUCGGUCGCGCUGCAUUCUGGGACUUGAAGAACCGUCUGCCACGGUCAAUUACGACAAUUGAAUGGGAUGAUACCUUUGCUAGCGUGUACAGUAAGGACAACCCGAACCUGCUGUUCUCCAUGUGUGGAUUUGAGGUCCGUAUUCUCCCAAAGAUUCGCAAUCAGAAUGAGGAGUUCUCGGUCAAGGACAGUGUGUGGUCUCUGGUAGACAACACCACCAAGGAGCGCACAGCCCAUGCUUUCUUGCAAGUAACAGAGGAGGACAUUCAGAAAUUCAACAACCGAAUCCGGCAAAUCCUCAUGUCCUCAGGUUCAACCACUUUCACCAAGAUCGCCAAUAAGUGGAACACCGCUCUUAUCGCUCUCUUUACAUACUAUCGUGAAGCUGCUGUCUCCACCGUCAAUCUCUUGGACACGAUUGUCAAAUGUGAGACCAAGAUUCAGACUCGCGUUAAGAUUGGUCUGAACUCGAAGAUGCCCUCGCGUUUCCCUCCUGCGGUCUUCUACACGCCAAAGGAAUUGGGAGGUCUGGGCAUGAUUUCGGGUUCUCAUAUUUUGAUUCCCGCCAGCGACAAGCGGUGGUCGAAGCAGACGGAUACCGGCAUUACUCACUUCCGAGCGGGUAUGUCACAUGACGAGGAAACCCUCAUUCCUAAUAUCUUCCGAUACAUCAUCCCAUGGGAGGCUGAGUUCAUCGACUCUCAGCGAGUCUGGAUGGAAUACUCUCAGAAGCGGAUGGAAGCUCAGCAGCAGAAUCGCCGUCUGACUUUGGAGGACUUGGAAGAUAGCUGGGAUCGUGGUCUCCCUCGUAUCAACACUCUUUUCCAAAAGGAUCGAAGCACACUCAGCUUCGAUAAAGGUUUCCGUCUCAGAGCUGAGUUCAAGCAGUACCAGCUGAUGAAAAGCAAUCCAUUCUGGUGGACAAGCCAACGUCAUGACGGUAAACUCUGGAACUUGAACGCCUACCGCACCGAUGUCAUCCAAGCACUUGGUGGUGUUGAGACUAUUCUCGAGCACACCUUGUUCAAGGCAACUGCUUUUCCAUCUUGGGAGGGUCUCUUUUGGGAGCGAGCAUCAGGCUUCGAAGAAAGUAUGAAGUUUAAGAAGCUCACAAAUGCUCAGCGAUCUGGUUUGAACCAAAUUCCUAACCGUCGAUUCACCCUGUGGUGGUCCCCAACCAUCAACCGUGCCAAUGUCUAUGUCGGUUUCCAGGUGCAGCUUGAUCUUACAGGUAUCUUCUUGCACGGCAAGAUUCCCACUUUGAAGAUUUCCUUGAUUCAGAUCUUCCGUGCGCACUUGUGGCAGAAAAUCCACGAAUCCGUUGUCAUGGACUUGUGCCAGGUGUUUGAUCAGGAACUCGAGCAGUUGGGCAUCGAGGCUGUCCAGAAGGAGACCAUCCACCCACGUAAGUCUUACAAGAUGAACAGUUCGUGCGCAGACAUCCUGCUCUUCGCAACAAACAAGUGGAACGUGACUAGACCUUCCAUCUUGUUCGACACCAAAGAUGUCUACGAGCCGACCACUACCAACAAGUUCUGGCUUGAUGUGCAGUUGAGAUACGGCGAUUACGAUUCUCACGAUAUCGAGAGAUAUGUCCGCGCCAAGUACCUCGACUACACUACCGAUAGCAUGAGUAUCUAUCCUUCUGCCACUGGUCUCAUGAUCGGUAUUGAUCUUGCAUACAACCUCUAUUCGGCAUACGGACAGUACUUCCCUGGCUUGAAGACUUUGAUCCAGCAGGCCAUGGCCAAGAUCAUGAAGGCAAACCCUGCCUUGUAUGUACUAAGAGAGCGUAUUCGAAAGGGUCUGCAGUUGUAUGCGUCUGAGAGCAACCAGGAAUUUCUCAACUCUCAGAAUUACUCCGAAUUGUUCAGCCCCCAGAUUCAACUGUUCAUUGACGAUACUAAUGUCUACCGUGUCACCAUCCACAAGACCUUCGAAGGCAACUUGACUACAAAACCCAUCAACGGUGCCAUCUUCAUCUUCAACCCUCGGACUGGUCAAUUGUUCCUCAAGAUUAUUCACACUAGUGUUUGGGCUGGCCAGAAGCGUCUUGGCCAAUUGGCGAAGUGGAAGACAGCGGAAGAAGUUGCAGCACUCAUUCGGUCUCUGCCUGUGGAAGAACAGCCUAAGCAGCUCAUUGUCACUCGAAAGGGUCUUCUGGAUCCCCUUGAGGUCCAUCUACUCGACUUCCCCAACAUCUCCAUCCGUGCCUCUGAGCUCCAGUUGCCGUUCCAGGCUGCGAUGAAGGUCGAGAAGCUGGCAGAUAUGAUUCUGCGGGCAACCGAACCACAAAUGGUUCUCUUCAACCUCUACGAUGAAUGGCUCAAGUCCAUCUCUCCGUAUACCGCCUUCUCCCGACUGAUUCUUAUUCUGCGAGCACUGCACGUCAAUAUCGACAAGGCCAAGAUCAUCUUGAGACCUGACAAGACGGUAAUUACACAAGAGCAUCAUAUCUGGCCUACGCUAUCGGACGAGGAUUGGAUCAAGGUUGAAGUGCAACUUCGUGACUUGAUUCUGAACGAUUAUGGAAAGAAGAACAAUGUGAACGUGCAGAGUUUGACGAGCAGUGAAGUCCGAGACAUUAUCCUUGGUAUGGAGAUUAGUGCGCCUUCACUUCAGCGGCAGCAGGCCGCGGAAAUUGAGAAGCAGCAGGAGGAAGCGAAGCAGCUCACAGCGGUCACAACGAAGACGCAGAAUGUUCGUGGUGAAGAAAUCAUCGUCACGACAACUUCUCAAUACGAACAGCAGUCGUUUGCCUCGAAGACGGAAUGGCGUACCCGGGCAAUUGCGACAUCGAAUCUUCGCACGAGGGCCAAUAAUAUCUACAUUUCAUCAGAUGAUGUUUCAGAGGAAGGGUACACUUAUAUCAUGCCCAAGAACAUCCUUCGUCGCUUCAUCACUAUUGCCGAUCUUCGAGUGCAGGUUGCUGGGUAUCUCUACGGUAGCUCACCUCCUGAUAACGACCAAGUGAAGGAGAUUCGAACCAUCGUCAUGAUUCCGCAGGUUGGAAAUACUCGGGAUGUUCAGUUGCCCCAACAAUUGCCACAGCAUGAGUAUCUGAACGGGCUUGAGCCUCUCGGUGUCAUCCACACGAUCUCUGGCAACGAGCCACAUUACAUGACUGCUAUGGAUGUGACCCAGCAUGCGCGGUUGAUGAAUGCUCACCCCUCGUGGGAUAAGAAGACUGUCACGAUGACGGUGUCAUUCACCCCUGGAUCUGUUUCCCUUGCAGCGUGGGGGCUGACGCCCCAGGGUUACAAGUGGGGAGCUGAGAACAAAGACACCACAUCUGACCAACCACAAGGGUUCUCGACCAGCAUGGGUCAGAAAUGCCAACUGCUGCUCAGCGACAAGAUACGUGGAUAUUUCCUGGUCCCUGAAGAUAAUGUGUGGAACUAUAGCUUCAUGGGAAGUUCUUUCGGCAGCGUCGAAAAGCGACCUGUCUAUGUCAAGAUUGAUACACCGUUGAGAUUCUAUGACGACAAACAUCGUCCUUUGCAUUUCCAGAACUUCGCUGAACUCGAGGACAUUUGGGUUGAUCGUUCCGAUAAUUUCGCUUAA